GAUUAUCGUCGUUUUUUUGUUGAACUUUUCAAAUGCCUUAUGGAUUCGUAUUAUGCGAGCAGUCAUAAACCUUAUUAUUAUGAUCUCUACUUAGUACGCAAUUUAACAAUGAGCAAUACCACCAACAACAAUGCCAGGAUUAUUAAACACCACAAAUAGAAUAAGUCGAAAUAUUUGCUACAUUGCACUUAUGUUCCACAUGAAUGGUAUUCUUCUUGGAUUAAACAACAAUUAUCGCAAUUCAAUUUGAUGCAAUGAUUCUACUUAACUGAUGAUGUACAUCUGAGUAUAUGGAACACUCGCUUUGAUAUUUAGAGCAUUGAUUCAGGUUGUUGCAACAAAGACUCUUACACAAAGAGGCAUCUUCAGGAGACGAGCAUUACAUAAUAAAUUAAUUAAAAUCCUA